CGCCCAUUGGCUGAGAGUGCGGCAGGAAACCCGAGAUGUGGGCGGUACAGUUUCUCGCGAUACCGUGCGUGCACAGUGACAGAGCACAGAGUAAGAUGGCGGUGCCGGGGGCAGAGACUCAGACCAGUGUUAAUGGCACAGUUGGAAAUGAAGCAGCUGUUCCCCCUGAGCAACAGAAUCAACAGCAGCAGCAGCCACCUCCACCAAACGCAUGGCAAGUUAUUAAAGGAGUCCUGUUUAGGAUUUUUAUAAUAUGGGCCAUCAGCAGUUGGUUUCGCAGAGGCUCAGCCCCACAGGACCAAGCAACACCCACUGGAGCACCGCGUCCACCCAGCCGUAAUCUUUUUCCAAAGGACACCUUAAUGGAUCUUCGUGUUUAUCUGUCCGAAAAAGAAUCCUUCACCGAGUUUAACUCAUCCAGUUUAGUUUUCUGGGAACAGCGAGACUUGGUUUAUGGAGACUGGAGCAGUGGGGCUAAUGGAGACGGUUGCUAUGAGCAAUACUCUGAUAUUCAAGUACCAGAGGGUGUCCAGAAUAAUGGAUCCUACUAUAUUCAUGUUUAUCUCACCAAGAGUGGCUUCGAUCCAGAUCCAAGUCAGAAAGCUCUAUAUAGGAGGCUAGCGACUGUGCACACAUCUCGAAUGCUAAAUAAAUACAAACGUCGACGGUUUUUGAAGACCAAAAAUCUUUUGACUGGGGAGACAGAGGCAGAUCCAGAGAUGAUCAAGAGAGCUGAGGACUUUGGUCCCAUUGAGAUUAUUUCUCAUUGGCACACAAAUCUAACAAUAAACAUAGUUGAUGACCACACUCCUUGGGUGCAAGGCAGUGUUCCACCACCCCUGGACCAAUAUGUGAAAUUUGAUGCUGUCAGUGGUGAUUACUACCCCAUCCUAUAUUUUAAUGAUUAUUGGAACCUGCAGAAAGAUUACAUUCCAGUUAACACAAGUGUGACUACAUUGCCUCUGCGGGUAACUUUCUGUCCCCUGUCCUUGUGGCGAUGGCAGCUGUAUGCAGCUCAGAGCUCCCGUAGCCCCUGGAAUUUCCUAGGAGAAGAGUUGUAUGAACAAUCUGAUGAGGAGCAGGACUCUGUUAAGGUGGCCCUUUUGGAAACCAAUCCAUAUCUCCUGGCUUUAACCAUCACAGUCUCCAUCAUACAUAGCAUUUUUGAGUUUCUCGCCUUCAAGAACGAUAUUCAGUUUUGGAAUAGCCGCCAGUCUUUGGAAGGUCUCUCAGUACGCUCUGUUAUCUUUGGGGUCUUCCAGUCAUUAGUUGUCCUGCUCUAUAUCCUGGACAAUGAAACAAACUUUGUGGUACAGGUCAGCGUUGGCAUUGGUCUGCUCAUUGAUUUCUGGAAGAUCACAAAAGUUAUGGAUGUCAGGUUGGACAGAGAGAACAAAGUGGCUGGCAUCUUCCCUAGAGUGACAGUGAAAGAUAAAUCUACUUAUGUUGAGUCAUCUACAAAGGUCUAUGAUGAUAUGGCCUUUAGGUACUUGUCAUGGAUCCUGUACCCAUUACUGGCGUGCUAUGCGGUGUACAGCCUAUUGUAUAUGGAACAUAAGGGCUGGUAUUCCUGGGUACUCAGUAUGUUGUAUGGAUUUCUGCUCACAUUUGGGUUUAUCACCAUGACCCCACAGCUGUUCAUUAACUACAAGCUGAAGUCUGUGGCGCACCUCCCAUGGAGGAUGUUGACCUACAAAGCCCUGAAUACCUUCAUUGAUGACCUGUUUGCUUUUGUAAUCAAAAUGCCCAUGAUGUAUAGGAUUGGGUGCCUACGAGAUGAUGUGGUGUUCUUUAUAUAUUUGUACCAGCGUUGGAUCUACAGGGUGGAUCCCACAAGAUUAAAUGAGUUUGGAACCAGUGGAGAAGCACCAACUUCUCUUCCUGCCCAGGAUGGGCCAGCAUCUCUUACUCAUGGCCAAGAAGUCACUGCCCCACCCAAACCAGAAGAAGAUAAAAAGAAGGACUGAUUUGUUUCCCAAAUAACCACAUGAACUGUUCUGCCCUCUUUUGGGGGGUAUAUUGGCUGCUGUUUUAUAUAUAAAACCCCUCCUGACCACCCUACUCCUUUGUUGAGAUGGCGUUGCCCCUUUUUUCGUUAAUAUGUAUAUGGAACUGGUGAAGUUUUGUCUCUCUGCCCCCUCUUUCCCUUUGCCUUCUGUCUACUCAGUCUGUCUCUAUGGCCUCUUCUUUUCCACUUCAUGAUUCAGCUGUGCCGUGUCUUCAUGCUUUUUCCCCCAUACUGCUUUAGUGCAGGAUCAAAAUGCACAGGUUUAAUAAAUAUGGCCUCUCUUUAACCUUCUGCUGCUGUUUGUGCAGCAGCCUUGAUCUUGAGAUUUCAAACUUCCUGAACCAAAUGCCCCAGGUGCUGUCUCACCACCUCCCACUUGAUCAGUGUGCCUGGUUGUGUGUCUAGCCCUCAUAGGGUUUUACUUAAAAUGUUGUCAACUUCAAAAGUGGACUGUGUCCUCUGUAUCAGCAGUUUCAUCUCUGUAAACAGCACUGCCUUCUGUCUGUCUCAUGUGUCUCAGGUUUUUCUCAUCUAUGUGUACAAUAAUUUAUAAUGUAACUGCAGAAUAUUCUGAUAGGAAUAAGUGUUUUAAAACAGUUUGCUAGAAGCCAGAGAUAAUUCAAGGGGGAUAUGUUUCAGUUUGUAUUGAUAUGGGUAGGGGGCCAUUCAAGCGCCGCUUAACCAUAUCAAUAUCCAAUUUAAAUGACCAGCCAUAGCAUUAACAAACUAUUUCUGUAUUUUGUUUGUGGGUUUUAAACUAGCAGGGAAGAAAUGCAGACAUUUCUGGAUCUCUUGUGGGACCACAUAUAACCCCCCCCCCUCCUGCUCUGGCAAUUUGCUUUCUUUGGUACAAAGGAAUCGGGGAAUAAGAAAUUGCAAAUAAAGCUGUUUCUUUCCCUUUAAGGUUCUCUGUGUUUAUAAAGGGCUAAACAGGUAACAUUUGUCCUUGCUUUUCUAUGUUAAGAGCUUAUCACACUUAAUCUUAGAUGAUUUCUCCUUCCUCCUAUUAAGUGGGAGCCAUUAGGGAAUAAAAUGCCUUUCAGUAUGUUUAACCCUUCCAGGUCCAGAUUUUCACACUCCAUUUGCAGUAAAUGGCAUCUGAUUUCUGGCCCUUUUGUGCUUGCUCUUUCAAUUUGGAAUCUCCCCCCCCCCUCCCUCUUUGAGUAAUUCCAUUUCUGAAGUAUGAAGGGUGAAAAAAAAAAAAAAAUUGAGAAUUAUAUCAGCAGUCUAUGUUAUAUAAGCCAAAUACAGAGUUGGAAACCCUAUUUCUCCGGUGUGCACCAAUGUCAAAUAUAUAAUUUUAUAGAAAUAACAGAACCCUGAAUUUUCGAAGAACUGCAUCAGCACUUUUUUCAUUUUCAUUUUUUUUUUUUUUACAAUGAAAUCACAAAAAAAAAAAGCAAUUUAAAAUAAUUUUAAAAUUGCACAAAGAGACAAUGAAAAUCUCAGUUCCACUAGUCUUUCUGUGCAAUUUAACAUCAU